CUUCAUUAACUCAAUGUUUGUUCUUUCUUGUCUUAUGCUCUUUGCAUUAUAGUUUGGUUAAUUCUAACAAUUUUAAUCAAGAUUUUGAUGUUACAUGGGGUAAUGAUAGGGCAAAAGUUUUAAACAAUGGGGAACUCCUUACCCUCUCACUUGACAAAGCCUCUGGUUGUGGUGUUCAAUCCAAGAACGAGUUUUUGUUUGGAAGGUUCGAUAUGCAGCUUAAACUCGUGCCUGGAAAUUCAGCUGGUACAGUUACUACAUACUAUUUAUCAUCAUCACGAGAUCGAGGGUCAACAAGUGAUUGUAUGAGAUUUGAAUUGUUGGGAAACCUUAUUGGAGAUCCAUAUAUUGUUCAUACAAAUGUGUAUACACAAGGCAAAGGUGACAAAGAACAACAAUUCUACUUAUGGUUUGAUCCCACUCAAGAUUUUCAUACAUACUCCAUUCUUUGGAAUCCACAAAUAAUUAUAUUUUAUGUGGAUGGCACACCAAUA